GUUACAGCGCAGUCGCUCUUCUGGUGAAUCCGUUCACUAUUAACGGCCUAAAGCAUAGAGUCGUUUCUUCACGAUCAUAUCCUAAUGAAUAAACUCCGACCUGACUAAUCCGUGGAGAUGGGAAUAUUAAAGAUAAACGAGCAGUCACUCCUGGUCCAGGCAGUUUUUAGCCAGAAUGCUGAAAUGGUGGACUUUUUGUUGGAGCAACAUGAAGAUGUCAAUGAACUGGACCACGAGUGGCGCACUGCGUUGCAUGCUGCAGCUUAUGUUGGAGGUGUUUAUAUCAUGGAGCUCCUCAUCAGUUCAGGUGCUGAUGUCAAUGCUAAAGACCAGGACUGGCUGACUCCUCUGCAUCGAGCAGCUGCCUCUCAGAAUGAAGAGUCUGUUGGGCUGCUUCUGAGAAAGGGAGCUGUAGUGAAUGCACAGGACCGGUUCUGUCAGACGCCGCUGCAUGUAGCUGCAGCCAACAGAGCCAUGAAGUGUGUCCAGAUGCUGCUUCCUUACGUGAGCGGCCUGGAUGCAGCUGAUCGCUUCGGGAGAAGCGCUUUACAUCACGCAGUCCACAGUGGACACGCAGAGACAGUGACCCUGCUCCUAAGUAAAGGGGCCAACAUGAGUGCCCGAGACAUAAAGGACAGACAGCCUAUCCAUUUGGCUUCUUAUCUAGGGCAUCUGGAGGUGGUCAAGCUCUUAGUAGCGUGCAGCGCUGAUGUGUCCUGCAGGGACAAGCAGGGGUUUACCCCUCUACAUGCGGCUGCUCUUGGGGGACACACUGAAGUGGUCAAGUACCUGCUGAAACAUGGAGCAGAGGUUGAUGAAGCAGAUGGCUCUGGUAACAGUGCUCUCCACAUGGUUUGUUACGCUGGGCAGAGGGCUGUAGCUAGUGAGCUGGUUAACUGUGGUGCCAGUGUUAACCGAUCAAACGUGCGUGGCUGUACACCGCUGCACCUGUCUGCUGCCUCCGCUGAAGGAGCCUUGUGUCUGGAGCUGCUGGUCAACAACGGGGCAAAUCUUCACAUUCCGAAUAAAGCCGGGAAGAGUCCUUUGCAUGUGGCUGCCAUUCACGGACACUUCACCCGUUCCCAGAUACUCCUUCAAAAUGGUGCAGAGGUGGAGUGUGUUGAUAAAUUUGGUCAUACUCCUCUUCACUCUGCUGCUAAACAUGGUCAGGAGUUGCUGAUCACUACACUCUUGAAUAACGGUGCGGAUGUGGCCAGGCGAGGCAUUAAUGGCAUGACUCCAGUGCACUUGGCAGUGUUUUAUGGAUUUUCAGACUGUUGUCAAAAGUUACUUUCCUCAGGGUUUGAUAUAAACACCGUGGACGGCCUGGGAAGGACAUGUUUGCAUGCAGCUGCUUCAGGAGGAAAUGUUGAAUGUCUUAAAUUGCUGUUAAAAAGUGGUGCUGCUUUGAAUAAAAAGGACAAUUUUGGAAGGUCUCCUCUGCACUACACAUCAGUGAACGGCUCGUAUCUGUGUACAGUGGCUCUGGUGAAAGCUGGAGCUGAUGUUAAUGAACUGGAUGUGAAUGGAUGCAGUCCACUGCACUACGCAGCUGCUGCCCAAACCUCACACAGAGUUGAACAGAACUGUCCUGACAGUGAGACAGAUGAAGAAGCUCAGUGGUGUUUGGAGUUUCUUUUGCAGAGUGGAGCUGACCCAACACUGCGUGACAGUAAAGGCUUCGGUCCGGUCCACUACGCAGCUGCCUGUGGUGACAGACACAACCUAAAAUUGCUCAUAGAAAUGUCUUUCAAAUGUGUGGAAGAUGUGGAAAGCUGUGUUCCUGUGAGUCCUUUUCACUUAGCGGCGUAUAAUGGUCACAGUGAGGCUCUUCAGGUGCUGUCCGAAACACUGGUUAAUGUAGACAUACAGGAUCCCAGGGGUCAUACAGCUCUGUAUAUGGCUGCUCUGAGAGGUCACGGCCCCUGUGUGGAGCUGCUGCUGCUUCAAGGGGCUUCGUAUGCCAUCAGGGAGCACAGCCACAGAUGGACACCACUACAUGCUGCAGCUGCCAAAGGUCAAACUGAGUGCCUGCUCAUGAUGUUGAAAAGAGACGAAAAAGAUGACAUAUUUGACCUCAUGGACAUACAUGGACAGACUCCACUGAUGUUGGCUACACUGGGCAGUCACAUUGACUGUGUCCACAUGCUGCUCGAGAGAGGAAGUAAUCCAGACACUGGAGACAGAAGAAGCCGCACUGCGUUGCAUCGCGCAGCAGUAGUUGGUAGUGAAGAGUGUGUCUCGGCUUUGCUGGCGCAUGGAGCCUUCUCUCUGUGCAGGGACGUUUAUGGCAGAAGCCCUUUGCACUUGGCUGCCUCUUGUGGUCACGCAUGGCUGCUGCGUCCUUUACUUGAAGCAGCAUCACUCUCAGACUCCCUCGACUCUCUGCUAGACUACAGUGCCUACACACCGACUCACUGGGCUGCUUACCAUGGGCACAAUGACUGUCUAGAAGCUUUACUUGAAUAUAGGCCAUCAAGCUUUCAGGAAGGAAACUCCUUCACACCACUGCACUGUGCACUAAUUGCUGGUCACGAUGGUGCUGCUCGACUGCUUGUUGAAACUAUGGGAACAAAAAUCAUGAACCUCAUAGAUGGCAAAGGAAGGACUCCCUUACAUGCAUCUGCGUAUGCAGGAAAUGUUGCAGCGCUGCAGUUGGCAUUGACCUGCGGCUCAGAUGUAAACGCGGUCGAUUAUUCAGGGCGCUCUCCAUUAAUGCUUGCUGCUGAGAAUGGGCAUACUUCUGCUGUGGAUAUCUUGCUUCAUCAGGCCGGGGCAGACCUCAUGCUGCUGGACAUCAACAGGAACUCAGCACUUCAUAUCGCCUGUAUAAGAAGUCAUGAAAUGUGUGCUCUUCUCAUUCUGGCCGAGAUUGAUGACCCAGCUCUCAUCAAUAGCACAAACACUGCACUUCAAACACCUCUGCAUAUUGCUGCAAGAAAUGGUCUUGCCACUGUGGUUGAGGUGCUGCUUACUCGAGGUGCAAUGGUUCUGGCCACUGAUCAAGAUGGACAUAUUCCGGCUUUGGCAUGCGCACCGAACAAAGAUGUGGCAGACUGCUUGGCUCUUAUAAUUUCCACAAUGAUGCCUUUUUCUGCUGGCACCAUCAGUCUGAUGAAGCACUGUGGCAUUGCUGCAUCCCAUCAGCCCUUGUCCAAAACCGUGCCUAUACAGCUGAUCACAGAGGAACCAUAGAGCUGAGUGGACACCAGAUAAUACACUGAACUCCUUGACUUUGAACUCCUCCUAUCGAUUCAGAAGGUAUUAGAAUGUAUUUUUUAUUGUACAGUAUCAUACAAUGCUUCUGUUUUAGCAUCAUGCAGUAUAUACUGUGACAUAUUCAUUUGUAAUACAGUACAUCUUUAACUGCACCAUUCCAUUAUGUGCUGAAUUACUCCUUUAUGUGUAGCCUAAGAAAGUAACUACAAUAUCUGCUACUGUUUUAGCAUUGUGCUAUAGUAUACAUGGAUAGAAAUGUGUUAAUUUGUGUUUGCAUGUGUUGGGUACUCUAAAUAUGAAUUUAUCAUUUCACAUUUAUCUCAGCUUGAUACACUUUUGCAUUUUUGAAGAGGCAAAUUGCGAAAAAUAAAAGCAUAAAACAAACAAUGUUUAGUCACCCUGCAAACUACAAGACACGAUUCCAUCAAAUAAAUGUUUCACACUCACAGAU